AUGUCAACCUUUGUUCAUAUGGAGGCUUCGCUCAUCGUGUUGAAAGCCGAUUUGCCCAAGUGGACUUCCAUGCCUAAGUUGCAGUUUCUUCAGAUCCAAGCAUUCAAAUUUUUGACUGUUAAAGUGGCAGAGCAGAAUGUCAAGUUCUGGAGUUUAGACAUCAAUGUCAUCAUUAUUUCAUACAAAGGCGGCGGGGAAGAACACGACUCAUUCCUCAAAGUUCAUUAA